GUGCUUUCAGUAGAUCUCUCCUCAAGCGUUGCUAUCUGUUUUCAAGGAAGGAUGAGCAGUGAAAAGACUCACAUCAGUAUUGUUCUGAUCGGCCAUGUCGAUUCGGGUAAGUCGACGAUGGCUGGUCACCUCAUCUACAAAAGCGGUGGUAUCGACGAGCGAACAAUGAAGCGGUUGGAAAAGGAAUCACAAGAGGGUGGCAAAGGUUCCUUCAAGUACGCAUGGGUACUCGACAAGCUGAAGGCCGAGCGUGAGCGUGGUAUCACUAUCGAUAUUUCGUUGUGGAAGUUCGAGACUUCCAAAUACUACAUAACAAUCAUCGAUGCCCCUGGCCAUCGUGAUUUCAUCAAGAAUAUGAUCACUGGUACAUCACAAGCCGACUGCGCGGUGUUGGUAGUGGCGUGCGGUGUUGGUGAAUUCGAAGCCGGUAUCUCGACGAAUGGACAAACCCGUGAGCACGCUCUACUUGCUUACACGAUGGGUGUUAAGCAGAUGAUCGUCGUAUGCACCAAAAUGGACAACACGGAACCAUCGUUCUCUCAGGAGCGUUUUGAAGAGAUCCAAAUGGAAGUGUCGAACUACAUCAAGAAGGUUGGAUACAAUCCGGCGGCUGUUGCUUUCGUACCAGUCUCAGGUUGGCACGGCGACAACUUGUUGGAAUCAUCGAUCAACAUGCCCUGGUACAAGGGAUGGAGAGUUGAAAAUAGACUAGGGGGAAAAGCUAGUGGCAGAACUCUUCUCGAGGCUCUCGACUCGAUUUUUCCACCAAAACGACCUACCGACAAACCACUCAGACUGCCUCUUCGUGACGUAUACAAGAUUGGAGGUGUCGGAACUGUGCCUGUGGGUCGCGUUGAGACUGGUAUUCUUAAGCCAGGUAUGGUUGUGACAUUCGCACCACAGAACGUCACCACUGAGGUGAAGUCGGUGGAGAUGCACCACGAAGCGUUGACAGAGGCGUUGCCUGGUGAUAACGUUGGUUUCAACGUCAAGAACAUCUCAGUCAAGGAUAUCCGUCGAGGCUCAGUCGCUUCGGACUCGAAGAACGACCCGGCAAAAGAGGCGAGAUCGUUCACCGCUCAAGUGAUCAUCAUGAACCAUCCCGGACAGUUGUCUGCUGGGUACACACCCGUUUUGGAUUGCCACACUGCACAUAUCGCGUGCAAAUUCGCUGAACUUAAAGAGAAGGUGGACAGGCGAUCGGGAAAGAAGGUCGAAGACAAUCCAAAGUUCCUGAAGUCUGGUGAUGCGGGUAUUGUUGAGUUGGUUCCUACGAAACCGAUGUGUGUUGAGACGUUCACAGAGUACGCACCGUUGGGACGAUUCGCGGUUCGUGACAUGCGACAAACGGUGGCCGUUGGUGUAAUCAAGGCUGUCGACAAGACCGAGGUUGGAGGCAAAGUAACGAAGGCUGCCCAAAAGGCUGGUGUUGGUGGCAAGAAGAAGUAAUUGUUGGUGAUGGUGAUAUGUUGAUAAGAUAUGAUAUGAUUAUAAUACGAUAAGAUCAUUGGAUGUGGUUUUGUUAUGUUUGAUUGAUGUUUUGAAAUGAGAUUUGUUUUGAAAAAUGUUUUUGAAUUACCCGGUUGUUGUUGUGUUUUGCACGAUGGUUUGAUUGGUCUGGUUCAGUGAUGGAGGAGUGAUGCGCAUUCAGCGAUAUUAUUAUCACAUAAUAUCUAUUUAUUGGCUAUUGGCUGCUGCUUUCUAUGGCUAUAGCAUCAAAGCGACCUUCUUAAAUUAUUCAUUGAGAGUUAUUUGUUUGUUUUUUCACACUGAUAACCAUCGUUGUUGUUUUAUUUUGAGCAAUUGCGCAUUAAAACGUG